CCAGACAGCUCGCCACUACGGGUGCAUCUCGCGGCAGUUCACAGUCGUCUUCUAAAGCAAGCUCAUUAGUCGCUCAGCAUUCGGCCGGGACACCUUUCCGUGGAUCACGCUACACACGUUCAAACAUCUCAAGUCUCGUUCCAUUUGAUAUUCCACCUUUAUCUCCUCCGUAAAAACUUCUCCUUCCAUCCAUAUUUCUCUUAUCUCACCUUUCGCUCCUAAUCAGAGGCUAUCGAUCAACUACCAGAACAAGGUUUUCAUUGAACAAGUUAAGAAAUAAACAUCUCCCGCCGCGCUCGAUAUCGCACAGUCUUUCCGCGAGGAGAUGCAACGAAGCUCGAUAGGCUCUCGUACACGUGCUAGUUGACCGUCUCUUACUUCUUCCACCAAAAUAUUUUUAAAUACUCGCGAUUCAUCGUCCCCGCGCUUUUUCUUCGGUUAUGACAUCCGUCCGAUUCCAGUGAAUCUUUUGGAACAAUCUGUGUGUCUCCUAUCCAGCGACGUCUCGAUGAUCGAGUGUCGCAUAGCAUCGAUAUUCUUCAAACGCAUAAGUCGAACGUAAGCAAACACCAACCACGGUAUCGUGAAAAUCGAUUGAAAGAGGACGAUACAGGGAUUGAAAGGGAAGCGCAGAUCCAGAUACACGGAUCGAUCAGGUGAACGGGGUGUACGUAAUCGAGGGUGAAGGCGGAACUCGGGCGAGCCGAGGUCGUCGACACCGCGACGCGACGUCGACGGUGCAGAAUAUCAAGGGAAAUAUAACGAGCACGGUAUCGAGAAAACGCAACUCGGCCGAUGGUCGAAACAACGUCGACUCAACGGUUCACGAUCAAGUUACCCAUGCUGCAACCACCGUCUCCUCUCUUGGAGAUGGCAUCGCUACGUCUGCCGGACUCCGACGAGUUUGACGUUGAUACGCGUCGUAGAAGUAACAAUGGAAACGUCCCGUCUACCACCGUUUCGGCCAUUCCACAGACCACGGGUACCCUAUUGCAGAUGAGGAAUGAUCUUGGCGAUUAUCUCAAUAACUUGAUCGCGGAGGCUAUCACGACCAAUCCGAGGACAUCGAUGGAGGAGCAGGGUGGACUUUUGAAUGCCAGCAAGACGGCGAACCUCUCGACCGCUGAACAAAUUCCCGAUCGGCUGUACAGGCACAGCAUGGCCAUGUCAGCGGUUUACUGUGUCGCUUACGUUCUGGUCUUUGUCGUUGGUUUGAUCGGGAACAGUUUCGUCAUAGCCGUGGUGUAUCGGUCACCGCGGAUGCGGACUGUAACGAAUUUCUUCAUCGUUAAUCUCGCGGUCGCUGAUGUCCUCGUCAUAGUCUUCUGCCUGCCUGCUACCCUGAUGAGCAACAUCUUUGUCCCAUGGUUCCUGGGAUGGUUCAUGUGUAAAGCCGUCGCUUAUAUACAAGGCGUUUCCGUGGCGGCCUCUGUCUACAGCCUUGUUGCGGUUUCCUUGGACAGGUUCCUGGCGAUCUGGUGGCCCCUGAAAUGCCAAAUAACAAAGAGGCGAGCUCGCAUGAUGAUAGUCGUGAUCUGGUUCAUCGCCCUCACCACCACAUCUCCAUGGUUACUCUUCUUCGAUCUGGUGUCGAUUUACGACGACGAUCCAGACCUGAGGCUCUGCCUGGAAGUGUGGCCGCACCCUGAAGACGGCACCCUCUUCUUCCUCAUCGGCAAUCUAACAUUAUGCUAUGUUCUUCCCACGAUUUUGAUCUCUCUUUGCUAUAUCCUGAUCUGGAUAAAAGUAUGGCGAAGGCAUAUCCCCUCUGACACGAAGGACGCUCAGAUGGAGAGGAUACAGCAGAAAUCGAAAGUAAAGGUGGUGAAGAUGCUGGUCGUCGUAGUGAUUCUGUUCGUGCUGUCGUGGCUGCCGCUCUACGUGAUCUUCACGGUGAUCAAGCUUGGCGGAGACGUUGCCGAAAGAGAGGACGAGAUCCUGCCUAUCGCCACGCCGAUCGCUCAAUGGCUUGGCGCCAGUAACUCCUGCAUCAAUCCCAUCCUGUACGCUUUCUUCAAUAAGAAAUACCGUCGUGGUUUCAUCGCGAUUCUCAAGAGCGGACGCUGCUGUGGCAAAAUCAGGUAUUACGAAACGGUGGCCAUGAUGUCUUCGUCGACGAGCAUGAGGAAAUCUUCGUACUACGUGAACAACAACAAUAACAACUCAUCGACCAGGCGAACCUUCCAUGGACCGCCGGUGCACCAGGAGAGCAACGUUUCGUACAUAUUCAACCACACCGGCGUCUAAAUUGGUAAACACUUCGUAGGGAUUCGAUGUAUUCCGAGGCUGGCUGCCCGGAACGGGCUUAACAGUGAGCCGAUCCGAGAUUCUGGGUCACGCGUGAUCGUCACGAUUGUCACUCGGAUCGGAAGUCGCCGAUUACGGAGUCCCAACCAUGGAAGCACGUUGCUAACCCGCGAAACCGAUCGUCCGCUCAUUUCUUCUGCUCUUUCGUUUUUGUACACAUCUUUUGAUUUUGAUCGCGAUCGUAUGUAACGCAACGCGUUCCAGUUCCCUAUUGUUGACGCGGAAACGACGGUUUCUCGAAUCUGUCGUUUUCUAUCGUCUCGCGCAACGUGCAUCGUAAUUUCAUUGAAAACGAGCGUGAUCGUGUAACCACGCUGGUUUUACAAAUAGAUCUCCACGCGUCGUUGUUAUGGAUCCCUUCUUUGCCUCGAAGUAUCCGGACUGGAUGCGAGACAUUCUUUCGGACUUACCUUGCGACGAAGAAACUGAGUAAAAAGAUUCGACGAACGAGGACGUAGAUCGCGUUGAGGUGCUCGCAUACUUCGGAGGCUUUCUUCUUUUUUACGAGCACCUUUCUAGAUUUUUAAGGUAUUCACGAACAAAGGGACCGAGUUGUCUGCUUCGAGCGAAACAAGCGAAAAAUGUGACGGCAACGAGUAGAGGGCAAAACAGAAUUAGCAACUCCAUUUGUCUGAACCUUUCGAGAGACAAGAGAGACAAACGGUUUAACACGAUGGAAACUGUACGUCGAUUCGCCUCGCUAUGUACGGUUUCUGGUUCAAAUAGUAAAAGCUCGGGCAAUAAGAGUUUAGUUGAGUCAACUAGUCGCUAAUUAAAAUUUCGUUCCAAUAAACGCGGUUCUACCGUAAAAAGUACGUGAGUUCAAUACGUCAUUGUACACCGCCACAAGACACGAUGUAAGUUGCUCGCGAUACUCGCCAGCGUAAUUAGCGUGCGAAUACAAUUGAUAAUUCCGAGAGAACGGCUGGCAGCGCGACACAGACCGUUUGCUAUAACGAUGCUUCUGGAACUGGUGGUCCAUUCGUAAUUGUACUUAUCGUCUGAACGAGGAAGGUCGCUAGCAAACUAAGAAACUGCGGGCACCGUUGACUCGUCUGGACGAUUUACUCAUAGAUCCUUAGGAUAACGUAAUACAGAAAUUUAUCCGUGCAUUGCAUGCUGCGAUUUAAGUGACACUAAUUGCAUAACACCUAACGUUACCUUACACAUUAUUGGUAUAGCAUAUACGUGAGUUAUCGAGAUAGAGAUAAGAAGGGAAAACGAAAGAGAAAGUAAGCUAGAACAAAGGCAGGAACAGAAUGUAAAAGUGAAAGAGAGAGAGAGAGAGAGAGAGAGAGAGAGAGGGAGAGAGUAUUCGAAGAUUUUUAUUAAACACUACCUCCGCAUGCGAGAACAGCAGAUUACAACGUAUAUACACUACUUGUACUUAUUAUUCAUAGCACAGUCGACUCCACAAAUAUAAUGCAUAUACACGUAUAUACAUAUAUAUAUAUAAAUAUAUAUAUACAUAUAUAUAUAUUUUCUUAUCGGAACGUUAGACGAUCUAGUUGAUACUUUUUUUUUCUUUUUAUUUUUUGGGGACUUCUUACGGUGCCAUACGUAUACCGAUAAAUACACGUGCCGCGCGUAUCAUCGUGCAGAAAGUGAAAAAUAUUUAAAAGAACCGGUUAACGCGUAUCGACACCGACCAAACAGCGAAGAGAGUGCGCACGAUGAUUUUAACGUUACAUCGAUCGAAACGAUGGAACGAUCAAACGAUUAACAACGCUUUCGUUUUUGCCACGUUGUCAAGUUGCUUGCCUCCUUCCGUCUCCUGUGAUCCAAUUCAACUCGUCGCUUAUUCCACUCCCAAACCCAGUCUCACCUACUCGUUCCUCUGUGUGUUUACACCGACCUAGAGAAAGGCGGAAGCGCCCGACUUUACAGUUUUGUCUCGAAUUAAUAUCGACCGAUUACGCGUGCGACGGAUUAACGCGAUCACUGGCGACAAUAACGACCUUUUACGCCCCAGGAGAGCAGCUCCUGCCGCGAGUUAGUUCAGAGAUCAAACUACGUAAGUACUCGUGGCAAAUAGUUCAACAUCAUAGUGACAUUUUUUGUUAAACUUCAAUCACGACGAUUGAUUUUAUCACGAUAUAUCGCGACUAAAAUUGGUGAAAAGAGGAUUGAUCGAUUUGGAUGAUUUUCCAUGAGUACGUGUUCGUAUUAGUCUAGAGCUCGAUCUCUUCAACCGUAACGUCGAGAUAUUAUAUAGGGCGUUGUAGUUUCCUAUCAAACUUUGUCGCUAUAUCGUAUAAGUAGGAGAAGAAGAAAGUAUGUAACACGUAUGUACGUGUAUACGUAUCUACGUUCGAAGCUUUGUUAAAAAGUUGUAAUGAAAAUAUAGAAUAUAAAGGAAAGGGUAACAAAAGUAUCACUAGAUUUUAAUACUUCGUUUGAAAAUGUUCAUCGUUCCUGUCGAUACACGACUGACUGAUACAAGCUGUAAAAAAGUUGGAUUUAUUUCGAUACUGUGUUUGAUGAUGGAAUACAUUUCGAUUUUGUUGCAACUCGGUAAAUCAAUCGUUAAUUCUUGCAAUUAAUACCACUUCGAUAUAUCUUUCCUAAAAAAAAAGCAAAGUAUCGUUCCCUUUCCUUUCUGUAGUUUUGUUAUAACAUUAUGCUAUACGAAGCUUCGAACAAUCCUACAUUCGUACAACAUUCAUUUUCUUCUUUGUGCUCAUAGAACAUACUGACAAAGUUUAGCCUGGAUAAAACAGCAACGUUUCGUGGUUUUCGCUUGUUUGUUUUCUAGCCACGUGUCGCUCUAACUCGUCAGCGAGGAACAACUUGUUGAAACACGUAUAAUUCGUCUCAUAGUUGCUUAGUUUAAAGAAUCGUUAUAGAAUUGUAAUUUUCCCGUUAUCUAUUCAAAUUCCACGUUAUUUCGACUAUUUUCCAUACAUUAUUUUUGUUAAAUUUAUUAUUGAAAAAAGUCGCGCACUUCAUCGAAAUUCGCGCGACAGUCUACGAUAAACUGAACUUGCGAUCGUCUCAAUUUCCACCAAAUACGAAAUUAUUCAUUUUCGAUGUUUAAACACGAAGUUCGUAAUUUGAUUAUUUCGUGUAUAUUCCAUCGAUAAAAAAUUGAGACCAUUAAUAUCCAUGUUCCACAAACAUUUGUUCCCCUUUAACGAGUAGCAGUGAUUCGUUGUUCUUCUACGAGACUCUUAUCGGGCAUUCACGUAGCGUACACCCUUUCCUCCAUGUCAAAGGAUAUCUUCGUCGAUCAGCUGUGGAUCGUUUUCCUCCAGCGGAGAAUCCAAUACGCGCGAUAAUAGCAAGAUGCAAAUCGCGACGAUCGACGAAAGGAAAAGACAAAGGAAAUGGAAAAAAGGCAGCAUGGGAUUUCACGCGCGCUUUAACGCUACCGACGAGCAUUAUACCUCGAUCCUUUGUAAUACCGAUGUAAGAUGGUAACGUGUUAAAACGAAGAACUGUGGGGUUUUAUGAUAGAGCAACUAUUUUCGUAAGGUUUUUAUACGUGGCGAUGACAGGAUCUAGAUGUAACGAAAACGUAUGCGAAAUAUAAUUGUACAGACGGAUGUAAACGAGGAAUACUUUAUUCAUAUCUAUCGUAGGCUCGUAACCGAUGCGACGCCGACCGAGUCUUGCGUGACGUUUCUUAAAAAGUAACAAAUAUACAACAGAGAAACUGUUAGAGAUAAACGCGCGAAGGAUAAGUGACAAAAGCUAAGAAAAAAGUAAUUGUAAAAAUGAACGAGGAAGAAAUAUAGAAAUAACAAAAGGACAUACGAGUCGAAGAAGUAACUAUAAAUAAUUGAGAAGCGACUGUAUACUUACGUAAGCGCGGUUCUAAGCUUCUUGUAAGUUAACAAUCUACGUAUAUCGUAAGAACAUGAUAUUUAUAUAAAUAGCAUUUAUGUAUACGAUGUACGCAUAUGUGUAUAUAUACAUACACAUGUAUACAUUUACCGUACACGUGAAAACUAAACGUCUAUCUGCUGCUGUCUUUAUGUACAUAAUGUAACUUAUCGUGUAAUAUUAUUGUACAUACAUAAGUAACGUAUAUCAUUGCUAUAUUGUUACUAUAUACACCGCCGUUACCUUCGUUCUUAUUCGUUGCUCUCUAAUCGGAGAGGGAAAAUUCUUACUCGUCUCAUCGAGAAAUAUCCUCAUCGGAGAGCGAACGAACUUGUUCACCGUUUUACCGUCUCGUGAGAUACGUUUCGUGUACGCACAGUCAAAGAAAGACUUCUUGUUAUUCUAGGAAAGGAAUCUCUCUCUCUCUCUCUCUCUCUCUCCCCCUCUUUCUAUCUAUCUCUCUAUCUCUUUCUCUCUCUGUAUCUCUAUCGUUGGAUCCAUUAUUAUUCGAUUAAUUGUCGAUAAACGCUCUCGAUCGUAUAUGUUCGUUUCGAUUGUACAUAUAUAUUAAUCGCUGUAUUUCGAGCACCGCCCAUGCGUUCACGGUGUUUCGAACUUACUCGAAAGAUUCAGAUUUUAUUAAUAAAUGUUAUUCCAACUAUUUUGAUAUAUUUGGAACGUCACACGUAAAUGACACUAUUAGUACUUAGAAAUACUAUAUUCGAACGUGUUCGGGUUCGUCUCGGAUAGUACGCUGUACAUUGUUGUUGGUAUUUCCAAGUGUUUUCGUAUUUUACGUACACAACUAUUGAUACUAUUUUUUAUAAUAACGACGAUCAUAAACGGCUACGUCCUUAAAACGCGGAGGAGCGAAAACAGAGGAGAAUGCAAUCAAUUGACUGUACGUAUCGAGAAAUCUGCAUAACGCUCGACUGGUUGGGCAAUCCCUCGAAAAUAAUUAGCGCAUCGCGGUUUCUAAAACGGGUCCUAUCUUCUAUACGGAACGUGUGCUAUUCCAGAAAUUGCACAAUAUUUAUUUUCGUACAGAUAUACAGUGUACUUCCAAAAUUAGGCGAUGAACUUUGAGAACAUACGACGAUCCUCUGGAUCAGAAAUGCGUUCCAUGUUUGUAAUUACAAGGAGAAAGGAAUUCUUUCGUAAACCGUGAUUGCUCCUCAUCUGUGGCGAUAUACCAUGAAAAUGUUAAGUGACACGACUGUAGCGCCUAUAGCACGAAUAUUCCUGCAAAAGAAAUUGAAGAUUAAUUUUACAAUAUCGUAUAAAAUAAUUAGUAACCGACAUAAUUAAAUUAAUCGAUAUAGUUGAAAAUGAUUGAUACGUAACACGAUGUAGACGCAUGUUAAGAUAAAAGUAUAAUAAUCCUAUGAUUUUGUUGGAAAAGAACGUAACCUGAUCUGUGUAAUAAGUUUUCAUAUAUCGCGAUCAAUUUUUUGAAAUCGUAUGUAUCUCUUUUAUAUCAUAUCACAUCUGUAUCCGUAUAUUAGAAAUUAAAAUUAAUUAGAAAUUAAUUUAUCUAUGGAUGAAACGAUCAAAAUUGUUUUAACAUCUUAUACCUGGACAUACUUUAAGAAUCAUGCUGUUUUCAAAUUUUCUACGCUACCUUAGUUGGUACAUUUACGCAUAUAUUCUACGAUAGGCUCUUCCCGUCUAAUUAACGCUAUAUGGUUCGCAGACAUUAUAACUGAAAGAACGCGCGGAAAAACGAACGUGAUGUGGAAAAUAUUUGGUCGAUGAUGCACGCGUGCUAAUAGCAAGAUAGAAACGUUCGUUCGUUUGUAAAGUGGUGUCAAUGAAAUCACUAUAAAAGAUGGAACUCUUCGACUACAUGUAAAUUCAGACUUUGAUUUUCCACAAAGACCUCGUCUCGAGGAAAAAAUCUGCCGCGAUCGAUACGACGCCUCGAAGAAGCAAGAGAACGAAAGAGAAUCAUUUUCGUAAUUGCUGUCGUAAACGCAACCUAUGAUCUCAAAGCUCGACCGCCUAUUUUAGAAUUCUUCUUGUCUACUACUUACGAAGUAAGAACUGCAUGGAACCACGAAACUCGUAGCACCACGAGAAAAAGGCCAUAGCAUUCGUAACGACUUAGUCGUUGUACUUGGACUGUUGGAGAUGUUGCCUAGCCAGUUUGAUCGUCAGGCCCGUAUCUCGCUGGUACGACAACGUACCCGACGAUUUCGUUUGCAAACGAGGCUGAAUCGACUCUCAAAAGUAACCUCCAGAUCCGUUCCUAUGCUAUCGUUCACGGUGGGCGAAUACACGCGUAAAACGGAUAGAAUUACCGAAUAAAAGUUUUUCUGUUGCGCCAUAACGUUCGACGAAUCGCUUGAUCCCAGGGCUGACUGUACAUUUCGUGUCUUACGAUUAGUUGCUUGGUUUGCAUGGCGGAUCGACGGUGAUCGAGAAACCGCGGAUAGAUGGAUAACUGGCGAUAAAAUAAAUAACAUUUUAAUCACUAUCGAUUCACCAAUAUUAACGAUGAAUUACCGUGCGAGAGAGCCCGGGUGAAACUUUCAUUUACCAUGACUACGCGAUGCUGUUCUUGGCGAGUAAAUUAGGCGAGUAACUAGAAACUAGAAACGAUAACGAAAUGUAAUGAUAUAAAGCGAUCGUGAUCGAAGGGUGAUUUAUCGAUCAUAUUGUUUUCCAAGUCUGCAUAGCCUUUCACGUUUAACCGAUAAUCGGAAAUAUACUUGCAUAUCGAUGGAUUUGAUUUUGACUCUAAUAAUAAUAAUAAUCGCCGAGACUAUGGGUCGCGUAAAAUGAUUAGAGAAACUUUUCUUUUCCUACAUUUCCUUUUCUUCGCCUUUCUUUUAGAAUUUCAACGCGAUGGGGCCAAAAACAUAUGGUUUUUGAAAGGUUUCUAGAUUUUCGAAUGCGUGCAAAUGUACGCACUUUGCGGAAAAAUUCCAACAGUUUGAUAGAAUCGAGUUACGACAUAUAUAAAAGUAACAAAAUCAGAUUUACAAAGGAUGUAUCGACGCAAAGUGUAAGAGCUUUUCCGCGAAAUGUCGAAAACUUUCAAACGUGAACGAUGGCCGCAGAUAUCUCGAGUCUCUAUCGAUUCAUCGGAUAUUUUUCUACACGGGUUUGAUUAGAUUUUUCAAAAAAAAAAAAGUGCGUGGCGUGUGUGUAAAUAAACGGGAAUUUUAGAGGAGUAUUGUAUUAUAUUAUUAUUACGAUAUUAUUAUUACAUUAUUUACUAUCAAUUUACAUGAAACGUUUACACAGACUAAGGUAACAAGAUAUUUAUCUAUAAAUUUACAUCGAAGAAAAGACAAAAAAAGAAAAAAUGUCAAAGCUGUAAAGAGUUUUGGAACGACAAUGAAUACAUACAGGACAGCGAGCUCCGGCGUAAGCUAAGCUUUCGAUUGUUUGUACAAUCACCUCGAUAUGAAAUAUUUCUAAUCCUUCAACUUGUAAAGUAAUUCCGAUAAUUCCAACAUUUCUCUAUGGAAAGAAAGCAAGCAAGAACAAAAAAUAACGACAUACUUUAUCAAUGUAUUCCUUUGUCUGAAAAUACUUUCGAUUUUCCUUCCGUUCGCAUCGUUAAGAGUUGUAGAAUAUAAAACCACAACUUAUCGAAUCGUGAUAGACGUAGUAAGAAAAGAUUGGAAUUGCGAACGAUCGUUUCGAGAACGAAUAUUCGGAAUUCGAGAAUCGGAUUCAAAACGUCUUCUCCCGAUAGUUUUCUCGCCAACAUCCUAGCGAGAAACGAUCAAACGAAAUUCCACUUAAUCCAUGAUUAAUAAUUGCGCGAUUAUUUUUUUAAAACAGCCUCUCGUUAACGUAGAGGAGAUGAAAAUCGAGCUUUCACUGCGUAGGUUAUGCGCUGCCAUGUUACACCCGAAUUUCAUUAACAAAGUCGAAUAAUAGAACCUCAUGUUUUUCUAUCGUUUCCUUCUCUCGUGUAUAUUUAACAUGUGUAUAUUUAAUAGAAGCAUAAUACACCUAGCGAAUGUAGACGAAGAAUCACUUGCGAGAAAGUUUCCUCAAAAGAUACGACGUUUAGAUGAAAUAAUCGAUAACUUGUUGCAAAAUAGCGAUCGAUUUACGCCACAUCGUCGAUAAUGACAAAAAAAAAGAGAUAAAAAAGGAGCGAAAAAGAUGAUAGAAAUCUUUAAUGAUCGUUAAUAUGUUAAGUUUAAGAGCUGAUUUCGGACAGCUUCUCUCGAACGGUUCUUAAAAGACGAAGAAUGAUGGAAUCUGCACAUGGCAGUUACAAGCUCGCGUCACCUCCUUCGAAAUCUUCACCAUUAUCGUUAUUAUGAUUAUUACCAUCAUUGUCGCUAUCGUUAUCGUUACCGUAAAAAGAGAAGAUUAUCAUCGCUGUAAUUGCCCUUCGAUAAUUUUCGCGCGUAGCGACACGAUGAUUUAGAGGAAACGUGGAUCGAGUCUGUCGAAGGACGAGCAGCUUUUCGAUUUUGAUAGGCGAUUCUGGAAUUUACUUGUUGGAUAGAACGAUUUAUCUGUGCACCAUGAUAAACGUAGAUCCCUCGGUUUAAGAGCGCAAACUUCACCACGAAGAAAGAAGAAAAACAUAAAUAAAUAAAAUAAAGGAAGCCACUAACGUAGGCGAAAGAACAAUCUUUCAGUUUCGUUUUAUCGUUGCUUUGAUGGGUACGCGUGUUAUAUGGAUAAGCGGCAUUAUCCGAAUAACGAUGAAAUAAUAGAAACAUACUAGGUAAGGAAAUGUUUGCAAAUGAAAUUGAUAAGUGUUUUAAUAUUGUAUCGAAAUGUGUGUGUAUGUACCAAGUAAAAAAAGAAGACAAAAACAGAAAAAAAGAAGAUAAAAAACAGAAAAAAAAAGAAACGAGAAAAAGAGAAACACAGAGAAACAUUACCAAUGUCGAUGCCUGUUGCCCUGGCCCUUCUCCUAACUGCCCUCCUUCCCCUCUGUCCCCGUUUUAUUCGCUGUAAUCGUAUUACGAUAUUUAAAACACUGUACGAUUCAAAGCCCUCGAUACGUAAAGAUUUUGCGCGGGCUGAGUCUUCGUUUGUUGUACAUUUCGGUAUAGCGUCCGGACAUUGCCGCGGGACAACGAUUCAGUGUCGAUCAGCCUCUAGAACGUUUCAUCCACCCUCUAAAUAACGUUUUCAACGGUGGAAGUAGCAAUAAAACUUUCGUUUGCUUCCCCUAUUUCUAACUAUCUCUCGAUCUCUGGUUGUAGAAUUGGACAAUUGGAAAUAGAGGCGAUCGCGACAGUGAGUCACCCCCCUCCCCCCGCCCCCCAUAAAGAUUAAAUAUAACGAGUUGCGAAUAAGUAUACGUAUUUUCUCAAUGAAAAUGAUAAAAGGAUAUAUAAUAAAAUAAAAUUCCACUGUAAA